AUGGUGGGGCUGCUGAGAGAUGCGGUGCGGCCCGAGGGCGAGAGCACGAUCCCAGCCAUCGACGCAUGCUUCGAGGCGGACGAUGCGGGCGUGUUGGAGAAGCGCAUGCGUUCCUAUGCCCUCGAAUGCUUCAGUAACGGACUGCCAGCUCACCCUCGCUGGCUGCUGCAGAGAAUGUACUAUCUGUUUGCCAGCGUACAGUUCACUGUCCAGCUUGUCUCAAGCUCACGCACGGCUGGCGACCGUGAGUUCGAGCACGUCGAGCUGUACGCGAUGAAAAGCACUCGGGCGCUCGGGAUGACGCGCCUGUCCCAGAAGCUGCCGACGGGCGACGGGCGCGCGGACGAAUGGCAGGGAAAGGUGUACCACAAGCGCUGCCUGGCCGCCAUGGAGGGGCCUCUGGUCUCCACCGCAGGCAGCAAAGGCGCCGGAGAGGAGAUCACAAUGGGCUUCGCGUUUCGUUUCGGCCUCUUCCGCAAGUCACCCCAUCGCGAAAAGCACAGUAGAUACAGGCGUGCGGAUCCGCCGGUGUGGGUGGGCGUGGCGGAGGUGGCCACGCAGGCCAUCAUGUCGGGCCUGCCGGACGGGAACAUCGAGCUGGAUGUGCCGUUCACGGCCACCACCCUGCGCCAAUUCAGGCGCCCCGACGACGAAGCGGACACGAUCGCGCCCAAGCCGACACCGCCCAAUACCUGCGAUGCCACCAAAAGCUUCACCAAAACAGUGAAGCGCGGUGGGAAAGAGAAGAGCGAAAAGCGCGGAUGGCUCCGUGGACUCGUGCAGAAGCUCCACCGUUCCGGAGACGGCAAGGAGCAGGAACAACAACAAGAAGAGAACGAGGGAGAAAAAGAGAACAAUAAGAAGAAAGAGAAAGAGAACAUGAUGGAGGAACAGAUGCGUGUGGUGGUCUCCUUUGUGCUGUUGAAGGAAUAG